AUGAGCGAAUCCGCGGAGCAGCUCCGCAGGAUGCAAAUUAUCCAAAUGGCGGACCUAGGGACCGCGCGGCGUGAAAUGAUUUCGACCGCCGAUAUCAAUAAUCAGGCUCGCACACAGCUUGCCGAGAUUGAAUCAAAGCGACUGAUCGAUCAGAGAGAUGAAGCUCAAUUGAGCAAAUGGGCAAACUUCCACACUCAGAUCGUAGAUACUCAUGGAAUGGAGGAACUCGAUGACAUCGAUUCCGGCCAGUCUCACCGAGCUAAUUUGCACGCAAUGUUGCAUCCCGAUGGAAGACAACCACGGAUUCACACCAAUCAUCCUUACCCAACUCCAUCUGCAGGUCGCGGUGGUGGUGUCAUGGGAAAGAGAGGACGAGGUGGUUUUGCUCCCCCUCCUCCCCAGGGACCUGCUGAUCUUCAUCUUGCUUUUGAAAGGAAUUACAGAGCCGCAUUCCGGGGAAAUAUUGGUCGCCCAGGACGCCAAGGACGCCCAGGACCGCGCGCUCGCUCGACCACAAUGUCGGCUAGUAGUCAUUUGGACCCUGCGCUGAACUGUAACAAUGAUGAUAGUGAUGCUCACGAGCGAGGAAGGGGACGCGGGCGUGGCAAGGGUAAAGUAAAGGGAAAUUCCCAGGAGCAGGUCCACGUUCCUCUAUAUGCUAACUUAUUGGUCAGCAUCAAUUUUGCCACCAGAAUCUCCGAGCCUGCCGACUUCAUGUCCUCAUUUCAGUCUCGCCGAGCAACUGAAACGUACACCAAGUCUACUGGUACAACCGUUUCCGCUCCAAUGCAGAAGACUGAAUCUGCACAAGAACCCGUUCCGGCCAAAGAGCCAAAGCCCAAAAUGCCUCCGAGUAGUACACCCAAGAAGAAGACAGCGAGCAUUCUGUCUUCGAAGCAUGCGUCCUCACCUGUGGCAACAUUGACGACUCCAUCUUGUGCCAUCCCCAUUGAUCAGCCACACAUUGGAUCCUAUCUAGUGGAAACACCACUACCGGCUCGUGUUGUUCCUCUUGAUAAGACUGCAUCCUUCAAAUCCCGCAAGACCCAGCCUGAUACACCCAAAUCAUCUCAACCACAUAAUAAAACUCUUCGAGUGGAAGUACCCACCCAACCAGCAUCUCAUUUUGUUUCUGUCCAACAAAGCGCCAAGUCCAAAAAGGGAAAAGACAUGGCGGGUAGUUCCCAGGCUCCUUAUCCAGCAGUGGUCGCAAUCGCCGCGGAUGAAAUUCAAUGGAAGAUUUCGCCCGGCGAAGAGCCACGAAAGAAGGGCACGGCUCCUCCAACCAAAAUGGCAGUCUCAUCUAAAACCUCCAUACCCCUCGCUGAGGCUAAGGAGGCACCAGUCGCCAAGGUCACCCAAAUCAAAGAAAGCAAUGCCCCUCCUGGUAUCCAGACGGGGAAGACCAAGCAGAAAGCCCAGUUCCAAGAUCUUCUCAGCGAGGAUGACUCACCGGUCAAUGCAUCACCGCCAACCCCUCGUCAUUUGAAGACAGUGGCUAUCCAAAGUCCAGGUACUGCAGAAUUGGCAGGUCUCAAGUUUGCUGACAAGGCCGGGAGGUCAGUGCCAGUCAAGAGCAUUGACGAAGUCAUUGCGCCCAAAACAACGAUCAAUGAGAUCGAGGAAGUGCAAUCUCGCCGCAACGAUCUAAUUCAAGAACUUGAAAACUUCAGUAUCUAUGGUCCGCAGAUUAUUGAGGAACUUCGAGACAUCCGCAGGCACAUUCGUUCGCCCCAAGACUUGGCUACUACCCGUGAUAUCGAACGCAUACUUGAAUCGAAAUUGCUCCAAUUGGUCCCCACAGCAUAUGCACCACCGCCUGCAGCAUCUGCAGCCUCUGAAAUUGAAAAUCGGCUGGGUAAUCUGGUUGCACUUGUUGAGUAUCUUUCAACACCACAGCAAGCAACUAAUGCCGUUGAAGUUCCUUCGGCUGCCCGGCGCGACCUUACCCCCUUUGAGGGACACCGAUCGCCACCUCCGCCUUCGUCUAGUUCAAACUCACCCCCGUCUGCUGAUAAACGCGCGCACAAGGUAUGUGUGCCUGGCCUCUCGCCAAUCAGGAGUGAGAGUUCCGACAUCAUUUCGCAGUUCGAACCCCUUCAGGUCUCGGACAAACUCGUUGCGCCCCUCCAGCCUCAGCGUGUGGUCCCUGUUCCAGCACUUCGUCUGCUUAAUAUCCCAAAGAUUACCACUGCCUCCAAUGCGUCUGUUCAUGUUACUCCUGUUCUGGCGUCACCCCCAAAGGAAGCAACCAAAAAGCCACGGACUCUUGACGAUUCGAUCUUUGCAGGACUUGUAGGCCCUAUCACUUCCAAUGCUAACUUUAUUCAACCUGAUUCGGUGCAAUCCCAGACCAUGACUCGGGGGUUGAAAGCAAAUCAUCCGAACAUUCCCAAGCAACAGGAUGUUUACUCAACCAGCGUUCGUACAAUCGGCCCUGCGCCAUACAAACCCCGCGUGAUCGGCCCUGCUCCCAGUCCCUAUGAACCAACCACUCUGCGGGAUGUUCCAGCAACCCACAUUCGCACUAUUUCUGCCCAGCAUACUAAUACUGAGAAUCGGACCUCCUUGGAUGUUGCCAAUGGUGCUUCGAGCUCCAUGGGUCAAUCCAGUGGCCCAGCUUCCCUGCAAGCUCCAGGCCGACUGUUCUCGAUGCCUGAUCCUGCGACAAUUCCCCAGUCGAAGGAGAAGCCUACUGGUUCUUUCCUUUCCAACGGAUCUCGUCGCUAG